AUCAUUUGCUAUUUUUCUUCAUUUUUUUUCCAAAUUUAAUUUAAGGAAAUUCUCACAAUUCAAAAUAUUGAGCUAUAUAUUAUUGUAGUGAUUAGAGGAAGAUGAAGGAUGGUGGUAGAAAGCAUGGUGUAAUGACACCAUGUGCUGCAUGCAAGCUUCUAAGAAGAAGAUGUGCCCAUGAUUGUGUGUUUGCUCCAUAUUUUCCAGCUGAUGAACCUCAUAAGUUUGGAAGUGUUCAUAAGGUUUUUGGAGCAAGCAAUGUGAACAAAAUGUUACAGGAAUUACCAGAACAUCAAAGAAGUGAUGCAGUUAGUUCAAUGGUAUAUGAAGCAAAUGCAAGAGUAAGGGACCCUGUGUAUGGAUGUGUUGGAGCCAUAUCCUCUCUUCAGCAACAAGUUGAUGUGCUUCAAACCCAAUUAGCACAAGCACAAGCAGAAGUUGUUCAUAUGAAAAUGCACCAAUCAUCAUCAUCAUCAUCAAAUCAACACCAAGCAUCACCAUCAUCAGAAAAUGUGUACCAAUCAAGCAGGCCUUUUUCUUCACAAACCUUGUGGUCAUACUAGCUAGCUAGCAAAAUUUUCAUAUAUAUAUUUUUACUUAUAAGGAGUGAAAUGGAUUGUUGUUAUAGUUUUGAAUGAUUUUUAAGUAUGGGACUAAUGAAAACCAUAUGAUACACUUCUGCAAUAUUAAUAGGCAUUAGUGAAUAUGUUGUUAGACAUUUACUAAUUUUCUUAUGUACAAUUAGGGUUUAAUAUAUUACCUGUCCAAUUAGUAACUUCA